AUGGCACUGUUAUACGACGCACAUGAAGAACAACAUCACCUUCCAGGUAUGUUCGGUAGCCUUGAUUGCACCCAUUUCGUCUGGCGAAUGUGUCCCACCGAGCUUCGAGGGCAGUAUAUGAGAGGAGACCACCGAUACCUGAAUGUUAUGCUCGAAGCAGUGGCGUCUCAAGAUUUAUGGAUUUGGCAUGCUUUUUGCGGUCCACCGGGUUCGCAGAACGAUAUCAAUGUGCUAGGACAAUCGCCGUUAUUCUUAACGGAACGAAAUGGAACCGCGCCAAUAUGUCCAUUUUACGUCAACAACCAUUAUUACAAACGUGGUUAUUUGCUCAUGGAUGGAAUCUACCCAAAAUGGUCCGUGCUUGUGAAAUCGAUCCCAUACCCUCAAGAAGUAGACGAAAAGAUGUUCAAAAGGCAACACGAGGCGGCAAGAAAAGACGUCGAAAGGGCUUUUGGGGUUUUGAAGUCAAAAUGGGGUGUCUUGAAUCGGCCGAUGCGAGCAAGGACGGUUAAAAAAAUUAGGAAUGUUGUGUACACGUGUAUUAUUUUACACAACAUGAUUUUAAAAGACGACGGAAACGCGAUUGCACCGGUACACAUUCGGGAUCCUCCGGUCGAGCCCACGUUUGAUGAUAGGGUGUUGGGCGAGCUAAUGGAUGAAGAUACGCAUUGGAGACUUAAACACGAUCUCACGGUUCAUCUCGCAAGUCAAGAUUUGCCCCACCUGUUGGUUGAUUCUGACGAAGAGUAG